AUGUUUGGCCGCAACACGAAUCCAGGGACUCUCUUGCUGGCGAGCUCCUUUCUCCUGGAGGAGCUGCCUGUGCGCCUAGCCCAUCGUGUCAAGGAGCUGCACGAGCUGCCGCAUGAUCUCGCCAAUGUGCCGUCGAUCAUCAAGGUGAAGAACUGGUACGCGCAGUCGUUCGAGGACCUCGUGUCCUUCCCUGCGCCGCGCCUAUCCGAGUCCAUCCAGCGAAAGCUGGCACGUGCGCCCGUCGAUGUGCCCGUCGAGGCCCUGCAGGCGUCGCCUAACCCGAGUCUGGAGGACAACACGCUGCUCGACGAUGGCACCUCCAAGAAGCACCUCACGGUGAAUAGCCAGCGCGAUAGCGCACUGCAGACGUUAAAGCGGUGGCCGGUCCUCAACUAUGGCUUCAGCACGCGACUGGACGACAUUGACUGGCCACAGGAAUUGAUGGAGUACAAUGAAAACUUCACGCGGUGCUUGGAACGCAUCAAGCACCGCCACGAUGCCGUGGUCACCACCCUGGCGCAGGGUGUACUCGAGUACAAACGCUCGAAGGCGAACGACAGCCAGCAGGCCAACCUGCAGGUCUUCCUCGACCGGUUUUACAUGUCGCGUAUCGGUAUCCGCAUGCUGAUUGGGCAGCAUGUGGCGCUGGGCCGCUCGUACAUGGCGCCUAGCCAGGGCACGCUCGGCUACUUCGUGAGUGGUGCCGCCACGCGGCCCGGGCAUCUGAGCGAUGUGAGCGGCACAGAGCCGGAGAAGUACGUCGGGAUUAUUUGCACCAACACGAACGUCGGCAGUGUUGCCCACGAGGCGAUCGAGAAUGCGCGGUUCGUGUGCGAAGAGCACUAUGGCCUCUUCCGCGCGCCGCCCGUGCAGCUUGUGUGCCCCAAGGACCUGACGUUUAUGUAUGUGCCGAGCCACUUGAACCACAUGCUGUUUGAGCUGCUGAAAAACUCGCUGCGGGCGGUCGUCGAACGCUACGGCGUCGACAAUGAAGACAACUUCCCACCGAUCAAAGUCAUUGUCGUCGAGGGCAAGGAAGACAUCACGAUCAAAAUUAGCGACGAAGGCGGCGGCAUUCCACGCAGUGAAGUCCCCCUGGCCUGGACAUACAUGUAUACGACGGCGCGCUCAGAGGACCUCGAUCCCGAGUUUGAGUCGUCCGACUUCCAGGCACCCAUGGCCGGCUUCGGCUAUGGUCUCCCGCUUGCACGCUUGGUACGUGACCUGCACUCACACAGUACGCGCGCUACUUUGGCGGCGACUUGA